CUGAGCUCGCUCACACCUCCCUCAUUGUCUCGUCCAGGAUUUCAUCCACCCUCCCUGCCGGCGUGCUCCUGCCACAGCCCCCACUCACCCUUUGUGUCGGGGCGUGCCGCCGUCGUCGACUUGACUGGCCAGCGCAACCGUCGAUUCCGUCGGCUCGGCCGUCCAGGAGCUCCGUCCCGACUUCCCGGUCUCGGUCCUCAGUCCUCGGCGGCCUCCCUCCUGUUUCCUAUCCCCCGGUCUCCUCCAGUACACCCUGCGCCGCCGGCCCAUCGGUCAGAGCAUGGGGCGCUUCCGGUCCGCGUCGACCUCGCGCCGCCACUGGUGCUGACUGACUCGUCAACGCCUGUUGGUCUCGCCCUAGAGCAUGCCACAUGGCAGCUAGUGGAACGAGACGCGAUGACGGCGGUCAUGGUCGAGGAGCAGGAGAUAUUAAGUGUUAUGGCCAUCGUGAUAGAGCCCAUUGUUAGCGAAAACCUGCCAUUUGGGUUUGAUUCAAGCACAUGCCGCAGCGUGUAUGUUGGCAACAUCCAUCUGCAAGUUACGGAUUCACUACUCCACGAAGUCUUUCAAAGUAUCGGUCCAGUCAUUUUAACAUCUCUAUGGGGGAUCUUUGCCCAGAGGUCACGGAUGCUGCUUUGUUUGCUUUUUUUCUUGGCAUAUUCUACCUGCUCGUCGUCGACGCCUGGAGCUCGCGAGGAGCAGUGAUGGCGGUCGUCAACACGUCAAGCACUGCUAUCCCGCUAGGAAGAAGGCAGGUCGAGUGGAGAUAAGCGCGCCUGAUACUCAGGACGUUGUUCUUAUGAUUCUGGGCGAGGGGAGAAUUUCUGUGAGAUUGAUUUUCAGGACGUUGUUCGUUGGAUUUUCAGGACGUUAUUCUUUUGAUUCUGGGCGAGUGGAGAAUUUCUGGAGAUUGAUUGAUUCUUUCCAUGAUUAAUCGAUUUGUGUCCUCA